AUAAGAAAGGCGCCUACGUGAAAACUUCUAUGUAGAUCGAAUGAAGUUGUGGGACACAACAGAACAGAGCAGCGUAUUAAGAACAACAUAGUCGUUUCGUAGUUCUAACCGUGUUCGAGGACAGUCGAAUUUACAUUUACACAGUGUUUCGUUUAACUGAGUGCUAAAGUUGUAUUGAAAUUCGCGAAGAUGUCUUCGUUAAUGUUUGAAACUCUUGGGUUGUUGGCAGCAAUAUUAUUUCUGCUGUACUAUUAUUCCAAAUCCAAGUUGGAAUUUUGGAAAAAACGAGGUGUAAAAGGACCGAAACCAAUUCCCUUUUUGGGCAACUUCAAGGAUGUGUUUCUUGGAAAAAUAUCAGUCAACGAUAGUUUCGUUAAAGCUUAUUACGAGUUCAGGGAUGAACCAUUAAUAGGAAUGUUUAGUGGUCACAUCCCAAUUUUACUCGUUAAAGAUCCAGAAUUAAUGAAAGAUGUUCUUAUCAAAGAUUUUUCAAAGUUCGCAGAUAGAAUGCAAGAUCCUGACAUACAGGUCGAACCAUUAUCGGAGCAUUUGUUCAGGUUGGAAGGAAAAAGAUGGAAACCGUUAAGAGCUCACUUUUCUCCUAUUUUCACUUCGGGGAAAUUAAAGGAGAUGUUCCAUUUAAUGUUAGAAUGCGGUAAACACUUUGAGAAGUACCUGGAUACGACGCUCGGAAAUGGGGUAGAAUACAUCGAUUGUCGUGAGAUUUCUGCAAAAUUCACGACCGAUGUGAUCGGUUCCUGCGCGUUCGGAAUAGAAGCGAACGCAUUAGCCGCAGAAGACAGUGAAUUUCGUAAAAUGGGCAGACAAGUCUUUCAACCAACUAUCAAAACUUACCUUAGGGAUAGAUUGCGGGAUUAUCCAUUCAUUUUUAAGCUCUUCGGAAAAUACAUUGUCGAUCAUGAAAUCGUUGAAUUCUUCACGAGAAUCACCAAAGAGAGUAUAGAUUACAGAAUAAAGAAUAAUUUCCGUCGACAUGAUUUUAUUGAUACUUUGGUCGAGCUAAAACAAAACCCGGAAAAAGCUAAACUUGAAGAUUUGAACGACAUUUUCUUGGCUGCACAAGCCUUCAUCUUCUUCGCUGCUGGUUUUGAAACGUCCUCGGUAACCGUCACUAACGCUUUAUAUGAACUUGCACUAAAUCAAUCAAUCCAAGAUGCUCUUAGAUCAGAAAUUAAGGAUAUUCUGCAACGUGGUAACGGAGAAAUCACCUACGAAAAUAUAAAGGAAAUGAAAUUAUUGGAUGGAGUCCUCCAAGAACUAUCGUCGGAGAAUCUGGACUAAUUUGAAAUGUUAACUGUUACGUGCGGGAAGCGCGCGUAUAAAGCCUCGAAGAUUUGUUUGCCCU